GGCGAAACAAACUCAGGGAUUGGGGCGCGAUUUUGCAGACGUCUCAACAUACACACUUUUAAGGUGCCAAACAUCCUUAGGAGAGACUAUCCUGGAAAAAGGGGAAUUGUCUGUAGGAAGGGAAUUUAGGGGCUAGAACGGGCAAGGGUGAGGGGGACAAUCUCUAAAACUUUCAGCGUUGCGUUUUCAAGAUGUUCUGUGCCCUUUUUUCAUUCCUCUGGGAAGUCCGGGUGCCCCCAUGAACACCUCGGUCCUCCCAGACUCUUUGGAAAAUCGCACUAGGCGUUUAGGGGGUCCCCUAGGAUCUCACUGAAACAGUGCUCAGCCACACUCCCUCCAAACCGGAAAGCCGUCCCGGGAGCAGAUCCCGGACACCUGGGGGUGUGUAGGCUCCGCAGACCUGAGGCUCGCGGUGGGCGGGGGCGCCGGGAUCCCCUGCCCGCCUCACUACCCCGCUCGGGCCGCCGACCCGGCGUGGGCGGCGCGCUCCCAACCGCGCCUCUGGGGACUCGCAGACGACAGCGAGCCGGCCGGCGCGCUGGGCAUGCUCAGUCGCCGGGCGCCGGCCUCACGAAUCGGAAGCGUGUGAGCGGCUGCCGCCGCCGAGCCGGCCGGGCGCACGGAGAGCGCGCGGACUCGCUGCAGCUGCGGCCGGGCGGCGGAGGACCCGUGCGAGACCGCAGCCUAGCCUCGCGCGGGGCCCGCGAUCCGCCCGCCGCGGCGCCUGCUCCCUUCGCACCCUCGCAGGGAAGGGGUCGGCGUCGGCUGGCGUCGGCGGGGUGCCGAGGAUCCGCGGCGGCGGCCGCAUACCCAGCGGGCCGCGUCCCGGAGCCGUCGGGCAUGGAGCCGUGGAAGCAGUGCGCGCAGUGGCUCAUCCACUGUAAGGUACUGCCCGCCAACCACCGGGUGACUUGGGACUCGGCGCAGGUGUUCGACCUGGCGCAGACCCUCCGCGAUGGAGUCCUGCUCUGCCAGUUGCUCAACAACCUCCGGGCGCACUCCAUCAACCUGAAGGAGAUCAACCUGAGGCCGCAGAUGUCCCAGUUUCUCUGCCUGAAGAACAUAAGGACAUUCCUCACGGCCUGCUGCGAGACAUUUGGGAUGAGAAAGAGUGAACUCUUCGAGGCGUUUGACCUGUUUGAUGUUCGUGACUUUGGAAAGGUUAUAGAAACAUUAUCGCGACUUUCCCGCACACCUAUAGCAUUGGCCACAGGAAUCAGGCCCUUUCCAACAGAGGAAAGCGUUAAUAAUGAAGACAUCUACAAAGGCCUUCCGGAUUUGAUCGAUGAAACCCGUGUGGAAGAUGACGAAGGUCUCUAUGACUGUGUUUAUGGGGAAGACGAAGGCGGAGAAGUCUAUGAGGACUUAAUGAAAGCAGAGGAAGCGCAUCAGCCCAAAUGUCCAGAAAAUGACAUCCGAAGUUGCUGUCUAACAGAAAUUAAGCAGACAGAAGAAAAAUAUACAGAAACAUUGGAGUCAAUAGAAAAAUACUUCAUGGCACCACUAAAACGAUUUCUGACAGCAGCAGAAUUUGAUUCAGUAUUCAUCAACAUUCCUGAACUUGUAAAAGUUCAUCGGAACUUAAUGCAAGAGAUUAAUGAUUCCAUUGUAAAUAAAAAUGACCAGAACUUGUAUCAAGUUUUCAUUAACUACAAGGAAAGGUUGGUUAUUUACGGGCAGUACUGCAGUGGGGUGGAGUUAGCCAUCUCUAAUUUAGACAACAUUUCUAAGACAAAAGAAGAUGUGAAACUGAAAUUAGAGGAAUGUUCUAAAAGAGCAAAUAAUGGGAAAUUCACUCUUCGAGAUUUGCUUGUGGUUCCUAUGCAACGUGUUUUAAAGUAUCACCUUCUCCUCCAGGAACUGGUGAAGCAUACCACUGAUCCUAUGGAGAAGGCAAAUCUGAAACUGGCUCUUGACGCAAUGAAGGACUUGGCACAAUAUGUGAAUGAAGUGAAAAGAGAUAAUGAGACCCUUCGUGAAAUUAAGCAGUUUCAGCUAUCUAUAGAAAAUUUGAACCAACCAGUUUUGCUUUUUGGACGACCUCAGGGAGAUGGUGAAAUUCGAAUAACCACUCUAGACAAGCAUACAAAACAAGAAAGGCACAUCUUCUUAUUUGACUUGGCAGUGAUUGUGUGUAAGAGGAAAGGUGAUAACUAUGAAAUGAAGGAAAUAAUAGAUCUUCAGCAGUACAAAAUAGCCAACAAUCCUACAACCGAUAAAGAAAACAAAAAGUGGUCUUAUGGCUUCUACCUCAUCCAUACCCAAGGACAAAAUGGGUUAGAAUUUUAUUGCAAAACAAAAGACUUAAAGAAAAAGUGGCUGGAACAGUUUGAAAUGGCUUUAUCUAACAUAAGGCCAGACUAUGCAGACUCCAAUUUCCAUGAGUUCAAGAUGCACACCUUCAACCGGGUUACAUCCUGCAAAGUCUGCCAGAUGCUUCUAAGAGGAACAUUUUAUCAAGGCUACUUAUGUUUUAAAUGUGGCGCAAGAGCACACAAGGAAUGUUUGGGAAGAGCAGACAAUUGUGGCAGAGUUAAUUUUGCUGAACAAGGAACACUCAAACCACCAGAGAAAAGGACCAAUGGACUCCGAAGAACUCCCAGACAGGUGGAUCCAGGUUUACCAAAGAUGCAGGUCAUUAGGAACUAUGUCGGAACCCCAGCCCCAGCUCUCCAGGAAGGACCUCCCUUACACAUCCAGGCAGGGGAUACAGUUGAACUUCUGAGAGGAGAUGCACACAGUCUGUUUUGGCAGGUGGAACCCUUAGUCCUACAAAGGAAGAAGGACAAAAAAAACGGGCCAGUCCACCAUACUCCUUCGGGUAGAAAUUUAGCAUCUGGAGAGGUUGGAUUUUUUCCAAGUGAUGCUGUCAAACCAUGCCCAUGUGUGCCCAAACCAGUAGAUUAUUCUUGCCAACCCUGGUAUGCUGGAGCAAUGGAAAGAUUGCAGGCAGAGACUGAACUUAUUAAUAGGGUAAAUAGUACUUACCUUGUGAGGCACAGGACCAAAGAGUCAGGAGAAUAUGCAAUUAGCAUUAAGUAUAAUAAUGAAGCAAAGCACAUCAAGAUUUUAACAAGAGAUGGCUUUUUUCACAUUGCAGAAAAUAGAAAAUUUAAAAGUUUAAUGGAACUUGUGGAGUACUACAAGCACCAUUCUCUUAAAGAAGGCUUUAGAACCCUGGAUACAACUCUACAGUUCCCGUACAAGGAGCCAGAACACUCCGCCGGGCAGAGGGGUAACAGGGCAGGCCACAGCUUGCUAAGUCCGAGAGUUCUGGGCAUUGCCAUCGCGCGGUAUGACUUCUGUGCAAGAGACAUGCGGGAAUUGUCCUUGUUGAAAGGAGAUGUGGUGAAGAUUUACACGAAGAUGAGCGCCAAUGGCUGGUGGAGAGGGGAAGUAAAUGGCAGGGUGGGCUGGUUUCCAUCCACGUAUGUGGAAGAGGAUGAGUAAAUUCCAAUCCAGCGUUUCACCCUGCACCAGACAUUUCAGAGAAGAGAUAAACAGAAGCCUGCACAGCAUUAUGAAUUAAUUGAAGUGUUUAAAAAGCUGCAUUUCUGGCUAUUCAACAUCCUCCCUCCUAUUUCCUUCUAAGUCUUAAUGCUGGGAUUUCUAAAGAUGCUGGUACUGACAGAUUAAUGGCUUGCCUAGAGCUGUGCAAGAAGCAGCCUGCCAGUCUGUCAUUGUUGGGGACCAGCGCAAAGCCGAAAGCUUUUCUUCCCAGAAGAGCCCUACAAAUGCAUUGGUUCAUGUUUCUUUUUACCUCAUCCGGUCAGACCCCAUGAAUGCCAGCCAUUAGUAAACGUUUCACACGUAUUUAUUUUCUUCUCACGUGCCAUUCACCAGAAUUUUUGAUGGUACAAAGGAGCAGAAGUUUAAUUUUGCUUUCCCAGCAUGAAGGAAAAUUGGAAUUCCACCACUUGGGUGGCUUACUGGAAAGGUCCAGCAUUACUUGUCUUAAAUUGCCUCACAAGGUGACUCAUUGCCUGGCAGACGCUUUUUACCCCCAGAUGUAACUCAUGAUAAAUUAUAAGAGGCAAAUGCUCAGGUUUGCCUCAAGAGUGCUAUAUCCCAGAGGGGUUUUAAUUAUUCAUUUGAUGUCCUGCUGUAUUUGCAAAACUUCCUUAUGAAAAGAAAAAAAAAAAACCAAGACAUAAAAGAGAGGGGCUUCAUAUUAAGUCUUCACAACCUUCGUGAUUUUGCAGAGUUGUGGAAAUGGAGUACCUCAUUUUAUGAAAUGAUCUUGGCUGGGCGUAUGAUAGCUAGUUGCAAGUGAUCUUAGUAAGGUGGUGGUGUUUACAGAAACAGAUCAAGGGCUGUAAUUUAUAACGAGUCAUUUUAUAGAAGCAACAUCUGUUAACUCAUGCCUUUUCCUACCCCCAAAAAAGACUUCCUACCAAUUUGCUGAUUCUCACAUUUUCCUGCAGUACUUUCAGUAGUGCCAACAACUUUGUGAGGAUGUUGGAAGGAAAGCACAGCUGGGUCCUAUAUGCAUUUCUGAGGCGGGUGGGUCUCUAAGGCUUUUCUGCUCUUAUUUCCUGUGGGCUCCCAGCUCUCACCAGGGUCUUCCCAUCUCCAGGCCCAUUCUGGCUGGGUAUUAACUGGUGGAAGACCAGUUUUGCAGUGCUAUUUAUUUGACCAAGCCUUCACUUUUUAUGUGAGGAGCCUAAAUAUGUUCUUCCUGGGAUACACAGAGUCCCCAUUCAAGACAGUCAAGUUAAGACACUAACUUGGCCCUUUCCUGAUGAAAUAUUUUCUCCAUAGCAGAAAUCGUGUUCUGACAAGAUUCAGAGAAUGUUUCAUAUUUGAAGAAAACAAAACAGUAGAAGCAUUAACUUAAUAGAGUCAGACUAGGAAUAUUGUGUUCUGAAAUUUUGGAUCAUCUCUGAACUGAGGUGGGCGUGGUCUGACUGCUCCCCAGCCCGCUUGAGUGCCAGAACUUGAUGUUCAGUGGACACAUUCCCUCUAGAGACCCCUGUGAGCUAGGACUUCUUGUAAAAAGAUAGAUUCAGGACCUUUACCUCAGAAUUAUGUAAACUGUGAUUGUGUCUUAGAAAAAUUAUUUGUUAAAGCCAGUUAAGCUUUUGUAUAUGUGUAAAUGAUCGUGAAAAUGAGCUUUAUAAAAUGUUCUGUGCAGUGAAGUUAUACCUUCAAGGCAUCCCCUUGGAGUGGAUUCUUCCCUGUAAAGUUGUAUCUACUACACUGUGUCUCAGGAUGUUUUGUCUUUUACUGUCAACCAGAUGCUGUUUCGGAGAGAGCAGCAUCACACAAAUUGAAACACUCCUGUGUACAGCAUUGCAACUCAUAUUGUUUCUUUUAUUGUUAUUUUAGCCAACAGGCUCCCUCCCUUAAAAAUGGUAUUUGGUCUUCCUGUUGCAUUUCAUGGACCUGAGGGUUUCCUCGCAGAGGAUAUUAGAGCCCCUUUUCAUGACAUUACUGAUUACAUCUUUGUCUAUGUUGAAUACUUUGUACUGGAAACUUAAAUGCUGCAGACCUGUGUAGAUUUCUAAUACCAAAGACAGAAGUAAAUGUUUUUCCAUAUACUUUGUCUUGCCUGUCUGAAUGCAGCCCUUGUGUAAUAUGGUGAAUUAGAGUGGUAUUUCACUUUGUAAUAUUUUGUAAAUAUGUCAAUACAAUAAAUAGUUACUACUUGCAUUAAAUUGAUUUCUUGAGA